AUGCCCGUCCUUCUGCAGAUACAGCUAGAGUAUGUCGCCUCAACUGUUGCGCAACGGCUAGACUCGCUAGAGAUUGACUAUGCUAUCAUGGGUGGUGCUGGUGUAUGCCUCAUGGCACCGGAUCCACAGAGAGCCACGGAGGAUAUCGAUAUGGUGAUCCAGGUCGAUCACCGAUCUAUUACCGCAGACCUCCUUACCGGCAUACUCUUGAAAUCUUUCCCCUCUGACUUUGGCCCGAUCAAUCAGUUCGGGCAUACCAUCCCAGGAUUCAAACUCCAAUUACCUGGAGAUGUGGUACGUCUUAUAGAGCUCGAGAUAUUCGAUUAUGCUAGCUGGCCCAACCGACCUCAGUACGACCUUCAGUCCGCGACCCGAGUGACACAGAACAUCAAUGGAUACCCGGUUAAGAUUUUCAGUGCUGAAUGGAUUAUCCGGGAGAAGAUCCUCUCACAAUAUCAACGCCAGGGUGCUAAACAGGCAGUUGAUCUACAAGAUGUGGAGAACCUCCUGAGCUACGCGAUUCCUGGGAAACCUGAGCUCGACUUCGACCAUGAUCAGGAACUUCAAGAUGCGUUGGCUACCUUUUUGCAGAGAAAGCCCAAACUGCGAAGUGACCUGGAAGAGGUUAUCAAAUGCCAGGCUAUCUUGGGAAAUUGGUAA